GGGAAAGUAUUUUUGUUAUAAUAUCCUUAUUUUACUAUAAUAUAUGGUAUAUUAUAUGAAUUUAUAAUACCUAAAUAAUUCUUUAAUUAGGGCUUUAUUAUACAUAAGUUAUUAUACGUAUACGUAAUCGUUCUAAUCCAUAUAUUCCAAAAAGAAAUUUCUUCAGAAUACGGUUCGUGUUGAAAGCAUUGUUGUUUAUUCGGGCAGGGGAUUUUGACAUUUCUCGACUAACCGCGAAAAUUAGUAAACAAAUGUAUAAUUUAAAACUACAUCUGCAAAUUUUUUUUUUAACUGUUUUAAGUUAUGAGUGGUUUUAAAGUGCCAACAUGUGGGAGCACAUCAAAAUCAGUAACUGCCUUGGAUCCUGUCGAAGCGAUGGACAUAGAUGAACAAAGUGAAAAUGUUUCUGCCGCGAAGGAAGAUAAAGAAUUUGAGAAACUACUUUGGUCUAUAGAUGAUGACACGCUCUUCCAGCCACUUGGUUUAACAAAUCACGGCACCGAUGCUGGGAAAACAGUAUUUGUAACAUGGAAUGAAGAAUAUCUGCUCAACUUUGUAUUCAAACGCUCAAAGCGGACGAAAAAAAUUAGUUUAACAAAAGUACGUUUGCCAAUGCCUUCAGGAGAAAUAGUAAACAAUAUGUUCAUACUCGAAAUGAAUGCAUUGCUACUUAUGCGUAGUGGACAUGUAUACUAUUUUAGUUCAGUUAAAUCUAUGCAUGCAGUUGACUGGCUCAAUGAUGCUGGAGGUGGAGUACGUUGCAUGGCUUUGGCACCACCAACUGGAUUUAGUUGCAUACGUUACGUAGCAACAGAGAAGGCACUUAUGUUAGAGAUGUAUCAGGAUGUGCCAGACAUAGGACGUAAUGCACCAGCAUUAUUGCAGCGAUGUGACAUAACAUUUGAUGACAGAAAUCUUUUCAACUGUUCAUGGGAAGAUGAACGUUAUACACUAGUAUCUCAACAAGUUACGGAAAAUAAUUUGAAUUUCCUCAUGUGUGUACUUAUGGAUGAAGUAGAUUUAGAAGUUGGACAAUGGCUACAUAUAUUUACGGUAUCCAGUAACGUAUUUGCAUUGAUUGUAGCCACAGCCGAGCAUAAUGAAGAUGAUAUUAAUAGUAGUUGUGAAUAUAACAUACAGCUGCUCUGUACAUAUGCUACGAAUGUUGAUUCUGUACACAUAGACUAUGCUGAGCAACGCUGCCUUAUUUUCCUGCAAUGUGGUACCAUUGAUAUCUGGUAUUACUCACAGUUAAUUUGUGGCUUGCGUCGCAUGCAACAUCACACUGGUUCACAAUAUAGUCACCAAGUGUAUGCAGCCAGCACUCGCUGCUUCUACUUUACAGACGAAGAACAGGUGGCGCAACUGCAUUUCAGCUAUGAUGCCGAAAUGGACUCUUGUCGUGUGCAAGAGACCUAUAAAGUCAUACCUGGCAUGGUAGCAUGCACUUGGGUAGAAACUCAGCGGCAGUUGAUUUGUUUAAGUUGCAAUAAUAUAUUUUAUAAAAUUACUUUUGAAAGGACAACCAACGCUAAGGCGUCUGAUUUAUGCGCCAAUUUUUCGGAAGCAGUAAAUACGGAAUAUGAGAAUUUCCAAAAGCUGUACGAAUUGACACCGUCGCGAUUGUCACGUCUACUCGCACGCGCGGAAUUAAUAGACGAAUUGACACAGUUGCCUACACAAAUGCAUGCAGCUGUCGAUCAAGAGUGUGUAAAGCAACAACUGCUGGCCGUCGCCUCAAAUCGUCACCUAUAUCGGUAUAUAGUGAAAGCGCGUCUGGUUUACAGUGUACAAUUGCCAACAGCAUUCCAACCUGAUGUGAUUAUAAUUUAUGCAAAUAAUUACUACCAACUACAUCAUGACAGUUAUGUGGCACUUAUAUAUAUGCAAAUCGACAAGAACGAUAUAUUGCAUGGCGGUGGCAGCCUUUGGCACUUGUAUAUAGAUAUUGAUUGCAGCGACAGCUAUAUGCUGCACAUACCCAAUACGCUGCUACAGCAAAAAUUAUGCAUUGUACUACCCUUAAAGCGCACUGAAAAGAAACUGUUAGCAGAAAUCGAGCUCAAAUUGUACACGCUUGUAUGCUUAGAGGCCGAUUUUGUAGCGGUGUCGUUGCCCAUUGAUUUGGAAGUAAAUGCUGCUACUUAUGCUGAGCUAUUCACCAGCUAUAAGCGUUGUGUGACCAUUUGUAAUAAUUAUGAUAUACAAAAGUUAAUAGCGAAUUUCUUAAAUCGAACGCGAAAGAAAUACCCAAGAGCGAAAAUGGACGACGAAAAGUUGUCAACUCCGCAUGAAGAGCAUAUAUUGAAACAUACCUUGCAUCUGCCCUCUAUUUGCGCUUUCAGCAGUAUUGCCAAAUGCGUAAAUGUGUCAAAUGUGGAAGCACAAAGCGUUGAAUGUUACUUUAUGUCAACAGCCAUCAAAAUUACACAUAUGCCUGAGGAGAGUUAUAUUGUUUUGGAAAGUAUGGAUGCGGUAGCUUUAUGUUAUCUUAAACUUCAUUUGUUAAAUAGCAUACCAGCAUUGUUAGCGAAUUGUGCUGAAGCUGGUGCAAGCGAUAGACAACAAAGUCGGAUGCAACUGCAAUGUGAAUUAACGAGAUGCACAAAUGCGCUUCUGCAAGCGUCCGCGCUUGAUGAGAGCAUGGCAAGCAACGAGGGCGAGAUAGUUCCACAUUCGAUGCAGUUACAACAAUUGAAAAACAUAUAUUCUAAAUUGCGGCAAGAUUUUCACAAACUAUACAGCUGAUAGUGAGAGGAGCAAAGUGUUUGAAACUUAUUUCAUUAUGUGUUGUAGUGAUAGCUUUUGUAAGAAGCUACCUUUGUAAAUAAAAAAAAAAAAAUUAAGCAGACAGCUACUGCCAUAAUAUCCUAAUAAUUAUGUAAGCCCUCCGAUAAUGUAAAUUUUUUUAGAUUUUUAAUCAGCAGUUAUUAUGUUAUCAUAUACAUGUUGUUUUAGGAGUAUGCAUAUUAAUUAUAAAUAUAAUUAUUUGCUGAGAAAACAA